UUGGGAGCUGCCCCCCCGGGGGUGGGCGGCGGCGGGGCUGGUCCGCAGGUGAGGGCGGGACGGACACCUGGACGGGACGGACACCUUGACGGGACAGGCACCGGCGGCGGGACGGGCACCUGUAGUGGAGCGGGAGUGCCUGGACGUGGGUCUCCAGGCGGGGGGCAGGCAGGCAGCAUGUCCGCUCCCCCCAAAGAACGGAGAAACGCACGUAUAGUGACGACUACCCUGCUGCUCACCGAGCAAAUCACACGAGAAGACCACGGCUCGGAGGGAAACUACGUCCUUUAUGGAUCCUCUUGUUCCCAAAUCACCGAGGAGGCUGAAUACGUAAAAAAGCAGCUUCCUCAAGUCUCGGGCAACAAAGCGGAGUCUCAGAACAGUGGCUGUAGCAGCUGCACUCCCGUUGCAAGGGCGAUGAAGGAAACUGAAGAGCAGCUGCUGGUGGUGAGCAAGGAAAACCAAGUGCUGAAGAUCAAGCUGGAAGCCAUGAGAGAAGCAGGUGUACAGGCUUUCAGAUCUGCCUCCCAGAAAUUGUAUGAGAAUUACCAGAGCCAGUCAGAAGAACGGAAUAAAAGUCAUGAGACUGAGAAGAAGCAAAUACAGGCCUACAACCUCCAACAAGAAGAGAAGCUCCAGCAAAGCUCAGAAAACGCCGGCCGCCUUGCUGAAAGCAUGAGGGAAAAAUGCACCCGCAUGGCGGAGAUGGAGCAGCGCGUGCGAAGGAUGGAGGAGGAAAAGAAAACUCUGAUAGAGAAGAAAAAGUCAUCCGAAAAGAUGCUUCAACAGAUGAUGUCAAGGGAUGAAGACAGCACACGGUGCCUGGAUCUCCAGAGGCAGGUUUCCACCCUGCAGGAGCAGAUCGGCCACCUGCAGCGCGUGAUCCAGGCGCAGCACCACGGCCUGCGCGGCGUGAUAGAGGAGGCAGAGGAACUCAACAAGGAACUCAGGAGCCAAGAUAGAAAAAUAGAUAACCUGACAGAGAAGCUGACUGUGCUGGCAGCGCAGAAUAAAGAACUGAAAGGCAGAGUGGAGUUCUGUUCUGGCCAGUCUAAGACUAAAGCUUCAAAAGCUGUCUGGACAGUCACCCCACGAGAUUUUGGACCAUCCCCUUACCUGAUGCUCACCAGGGUAAGGAAGCAAGAGAGCUAAAAGGAUGACUGGAUGUUUGUCCCCUACCUUCGUCAGACGGACUUUCUCUGUGUGUUGCAACCUGUAACUCCUACGGCCUCUUUGCUACCGCAAAGCACCUUCAGCACGUGCUGCCUCUCCACGCCACGUGGUGCAGAAGCGGUGCUGCAGACCUGCACUUGGAAGAACAAACCUGGCGACAAGGCGAGAGGUGCCGAGAGAGGCGGUGAGCUCGCGAACGCCCCCACGGCCCCGGCCGUACCUGGGGGAUGCUGCACGGCCGGACCAGCUCUGCGCCCGCCCUGGUGCGGGCAGCGUGAAGGGGCUCCUGCCUACACAGACUGCGGCAGGGACUCAGCUUAAUCGCAGUUCUCGUUUAGGUAAGAUGAUAAAAUAAACCUUUGGCUGCUCGGUACCUUGCAGAGUCGCCGCUCUCCCGCCUGCUGUUGGAGCCCGGUGGGAACCGGGCUCAGCAUGGUUUAGGCGUAGCAGCACCCUAACGUCAGUGUCCUUGAGCAAGGAGCCAGCAGAUCCCUUUCUGGGUUAACCUGGCUCUUGCUUUCCUGAAAAGUUUCCAUGGCAAAGGGUAAGUUUUCUGCCCAGGUCAGCGGGUGUGUGAAGUUCCUCCUUGAGCCUUUCCUCUGGCUGAAAUCCCUUUUGGAAGGGAAAGCAGCUGCUGCAGGGGGAAGGGCUGUUUUAUUCUCCUCCCUGAAGCGGGAGAGGUGCUGCUUGUGGUCAGCAAUCCCGUGCUGGAGCUGUGGCACGCCUUGGAGAGCUAAACGGUGGCCCCAGGGGAGCGACGAUGGCUUUGCACACUCCCGUUUACCUCUGCUGUGGGACAGAGGGAACCUGAGAACGGCCUGUCUGGUCUGUCUUCUAAUCCCUGACGUGCAGAGCAGCGUUUGGGGGGAAAAGAAAGUGUUGAUCCUUAAAUAAGGCUUAAAGGUACUAAGUUUCAGUUUGCUCCUUUUCUUAGCCAGCUUUAGCUGCAUUAUUUGGACAUGGUGGCACUCUGGGAUUAAACUUGGUUAAGGUGCAAAUAAAAGCUUGGCACCUGCUUAGCACCGGGGCGAGGCAGGCUGCGUGCGUUCCGGCAGCGCAGCACACAGCCUGCCCGGUUAUACUGCAUUAAUCACCACUGAAGAGGGAGGGUGAGCUUUGUAAAUGGUACCAUUUCCCUGCCAAGCGAGGGCAAGGAGCUGGCGGCCAGUCCUCACCCACCCCUCGCGGGAGAAACUGAGCUCAGCCUGAAGUCAGGGUGCCGGCGCUGAGCUGCCACGGGGCAGGCUGGGUGCUGAGCUGUGGCGAGGCUUGCAACUGCACCCUGAGCAACCCUUGGCCAGCCUGAAAAGCCCUGCUCCUCUUUUCCCUGCUCCUCCGCUCGUUUUCCUAAGCUGCCAGCCUGCUAAUGCUGCGUAGCUAGGCUGCACCUCUCAGGGCGAAGCCUCUGCUCCCCCCGCCCCAAAAAAGCUGAGACACCGGCUUUAAAAAUGUACUUUUAUUCUGAAAAUAACAGUGCAGAAACCGAGUCACAGGAUACAUUCCUCAGCUGUAUGACACAAACCCAGACACCAGUGAAUCAGUUGACAGUAUGUUUUGAAGCCACGGGUACUUUGGUAAAACAGAGUGACAGUAACAUCGGUAAGCAAGCGCCACGGUCCAAUCAAGGGGCAUCUAGAAUAAAAAAUACUAUUCAAGAUAGUUUCAAUCACACUCAUAGCACUAGGCAUAGCACAGAUCUGUUGAGGACAAACAUAAAACAUGCUUACAGUAGCGUAACAGAAGGAAACACGUAAAAGGUAAUUGAUACAGGAUGCUUAGUGUUUAUCAGGAAGGUGAAAGAUACCUUAAGGAAACCAAAGAACCAUUUAACUUCUGUAAGUCGGGUAAGAUACAACAGGCUGCUUCUAAUACACAGUUUGUCCAUUAAGCCCUAUUGCACGAUGAGGACGGACAACUUUAGGGUCUACUUUCUAAAGUUACGUUUAACUAGGUGACCGUAUGGAACAAAAGCAUAGCAAAGACUCAUUUCCUCUGUUCCUUUAACUAGUUUAGAUAGAAAUAAUAAAUCAGAAACAGAUCUGCUCAGCAUCAGAGAGAUCCCAAGUCAACAGCAUCCUCUGGGGAAAAAAAAAACCACCAUGAAAUUUAUCCUAUAUGGGUGUGGGGGGUGUUUUUUGUUUUGCAGGGGAGGGAGUUUAUGUUUGAAGUAGAAGAAUUAAGAUAGGAAAGAAGCUGUGAAAAUCUGGCUUUCUCUUUAAAGGCGCCUCAAGCCAG